CAUGCCAUCUUCUCCCUCGCGCCUGCAAAUGGCAUUUCCAUACUUCACAGCUCUCUUGGGCCUGAUUUCCUAAUGCUCAAACCAUGCUGCCUUCCAAGAGGCAGCUUCUGGCCGAUGAAGAGCUCGGGAAGAAGGACGACGAUCAUCGACCGCGAGCCAACCGCGACCAGGUCUGGUUAUCGAAACAAUGGAAGCCUCCUCGUCGGCGUCGGUUCCUCUGGGGAUUCCUUGUUUUGUGUCUGAUAUAUUUGUUUCUCAGAAACUUACCGGCCGAUCUUGCUCCUGCAAACGCUCGAUCCAACCCCUACCUCUCCCAAGAGCGACAGCAGUCACCAAUCACAGCAUCCUUUCCUCCGCAGGAACCUCCCCCGCGAGAUGAAUCUGCGGAAGCCAAUAACGAUUAUUAUUACGAGGGGAAAAUUAGGUUGGUCUCUUUGGCAAAGACGUUACAACGUUUCCAGAAUCCUCGGAGUCGUUAUGGGAACGCAGCUAGCGGCGUUGUCAUGUUUGGCGCCGCAAACCUCAAAGCUGUGUCGGAUUUACUGCCUCUCGCUUGUCAUAUGACACGCCAACAACUGAAUGAAGUUCAUUUCGUGCUCAUGGGAAGGGAUGACAUACCAGUUGAGACAAUACAGCAUCUAAAUGGCAUAACGGAUGUGGACUGUCCGAUCAAUUGGCAUGAUGCUCGACCGGACUAUGCACAGUGGUCUACUGAUCCUCGGAUGGAGGAAGCUGUCCUGCUUGCUCUUGGCUAUUUGCAACUUUAUCUUCGUCCGCAGGUUAUGAUAACACAAGGGAUGACACUAGAGGACUCGUUUUUCUCUAUAGGGGUUGAAUUAGCGGCCCAAAGACUUGGAUUACCUCAUAUCGUGCUUCCUGGUUAUGCUCAGGACUUAAUGUGGAUGUCACUUCUGGACAGCAGUGCUCUUCAAGCCUGGAACGAGCUAAAGAUCGAAAUUUUAGUCCAGGCUCCUUCGGGAUCUUCUGGGUCUAUGAUCAGGUUGCUUCGCUCUUUGGAAGAAGCCGACUACCUUGGAUCAAUACCGGGCUUGGUCAUUGAACUUCCCCAACAUGUAGACCCACAUCUCCUUCGAUACCUACGCGAAAUGAAGGGGCCCUUCACGUCGAAUGAACAAGUAACUCUUCGCCGUCACAUACAGCCACAUACUUUAAAGCCGGCAGAGGCCUCUUUGGAAACUGUAGAGGCUUUCUAUCCUAGAGAUUCAAACACGUCACAUGUCCUCAUGAUUUCGCCCCAGACAGAGUUGUCGGCGUCUUUCUACCACUAUCUGAAGUAUACUAUACUAAAAUAUAGAUACUCACGUGGCACGGGACAGUCCUCUCAGGAUCUGUUUGGGAUUUCACUUGAGCUCCCCUCCUCGCUCCCUACAAAUGAAGAACCCUUCAGCCCCCGGCAGACGGACAUCACCUUCAUUGCUGACAAGAAUUACGGAGAGACACUGCCCUUGUUUCUCUGGCAAGCCCCAAACAGCAACGCGGCAUUGUAUUUCGGGGACAAGUGGAUAGAGCUCCAUUCUUUCCUUUCAAGUCGCCUGACCCUGCAGGAAAGUACAGCCCACGAUACCGCAGAGGAAAAAGUAAUCUCAAAGAAAUACCCGGCUGUGAUGGAACAUCUUCUCGAGCUUAUGCGCGGGCGUGGAUAUUACAUGCUUUACCCAGCGUUCGAAGUCAAAGGACCUUCACUGGUUACGGUUCACCACGAAUUGUACCACGCACCGGAAGAAUUCAGGCCCGAUGCCUCAUCAAAGCUGCCUGAUCGUGAAGAGAUAGAUGAUUUGUCUCGGCCACCCAAAGCGUCCGCGGAGAAACCCGUGAGUCGAGCUUUCACAUUAAUGCCUUUGUUGGACCAGUUCUCAAUGAGUCUGCCUGCGAUCGAUACAAUGCCCUUGCUGUCGUACACUGGUCACGAAACAUCUCGCGCGGACUGGAGCCAAAACACCAGGAACUAUGUAGAAGAGUUCAGGAUUCGUCAUGGUGGUUGCUCAACCCAGGACCCUGCAGAUGCAACCCCGAUGUCGUUGUUUUGCAUGAACGAGGAAGACUAAAGGGGACAGAAAGAGUGAAACCACGACAUAUACAUCAUAUAUUCCAAAGAUUUUGGACAUUGGGAACCUUGAGGAUAGUGGUUCCAUGCUUUUCUAUAGUAAUCUUUCCCUCGGAUCCAGUGGAAGACGAGGAACGACUGGGACUGGAACGCGGACAUCCAAUAUCUUCUCA